AUGGAGUGGGACUACGUCUUUCAUGUCGUGCUCACCGACGAGUGCGCUCUCAGCCCCCUCCGCGAGGCCAUCGCCAAGGAGCUGCUGCCGGCCCUCCUCGGCGGCCCUGUGACGCCGUCCGAGGUCGACCUGAUGCUGCUGCCUGCCCGGCAUGGCGGCACCGGCAUAUGUGACCCUCUCGACCGUGCCGCAGCCGCCUACCCUGCUUCCCGCGCGAGCACCCAGGUGGUCUUCAAGUCCGUCCAAGGCAAGGCUCCGUUCCACCCUGGCGACCAUCGUGCUACCAUCCGCCACGCCCUCACCAAGAGCAAGCAGCAGCAGGACGUCGCCCACAAAACCA